AUCUGCGCAGCGGCUCUUUGGUCGCAGGGCGGAGCGUGAAUAUUGAACUUGUUACUGUUGUCUGCAGUGAUAUCAUAACACUGCAAUAUGAAGAGACGCUCAUAUGACAGACAGCCGCCCGCAUCCCUGGAUAACACACAGGUGCUGUAACUGGGGCGAGGUAGGCAUGGGGAAUAAAAGGAGGAGGAAGGAUGCCAGCUGAGCCCCUCGUCCUUCUGCAUCUGCCACUGCUGCCAGCGUCACACUAAAAAGGAAAGAAAUAAAACGAAACAUGGCUCAGUCUGUAAGGAGGCCUGAAACUUUAGGAGCCAUGGACCAUGAGCCCCAGAGGGACAAGACCAGGACCAGCUACUUUGGCAACGUGAAGACCAGGUUGGGCUCCAAGCUGCCUGCUGGUGUCACUCAGCCUCCGCAGUUCGCAAAGCGGCCCUGGGAGUCCCAACCUCGUGCCCGAGCGAUGCAGGAUGCCAGCAGCCAGCGUCAGCACCAGCCCAUCGUGGGCCGACCUCUCAACCACAUCCCCCACAUCAGAAACCCCAAGCUGCGGCAGUACUACCUGCAAGGGACUUCAUGGGAACUAAACAAUACUGUGGUGACAAAAGAGCGUGUGGGUGCACUGUCAGAUGACGGCACAAGCAGCAGGGGUCUCCCUGGAGACACAGUGUUCAGCGUCUCGUCUACGUUCAACAGUAACGGUGCAUCCUCAGCAGAAGAGAGCAAAAUGGGCCACCAUCCCGCCCACACCUCCGCACAGCCGUACUCCUCGUCAGCUUCCCUCAUCCCCAGAGAGCAGCUGGUCGUCCCGAAAGGGAAAAACACUUCCACCGGUCAAGGAUCGUCUCCCCCAGAGGUGGACUCGGAGUCUGAUCCUAAAAAGAAGCCGGAGGCGGAGGCAGAUCAGGACAGUUUGGAUACGCUCGCUGCUCAGCCUCAGUCCCCCUCACCAGAGGCAGAAUAUGACAAACUACUGGAUGUGGAGGCGGUGCCGAUGCCUGAUGGACAGCUCUGCUUAUUGGCUCUGCCACCAGAGUGCUGUCAAGGGGAAGGACCAGAGGCCACACCAUACCUCAAACUGUUCUGCCGCUACAUCACCGACCGCAAGGGUGUGGUUUCAGGAAUCCUGCUGGUGACUUCGAAUAAAAUCUUCUUCGAUCCGUGUAAGACGCAUCCUCUGGUGAAGGAACACGGCUGUGAAGAAUACCUGCUGUCUUGCUCCGUUGACAAUCUGGCGUCCGUCUCCUUCUACUCUGACAUCUCACAUGUUCACUUCAACACCUCCCACCAGAGGAGAAAAGGAAAGAAAAUUUUCCAAAAGUUGAAAACUGCCAAAAGCCAAGCAGGCGGCCUCCCAAACCACAAGGGGGAGUCGGGUCCAGCUCUGGUGUCUGUGGCUCCAUCGGAUUUAUCCAGUUUGGCUCUGAGCCUGACCAAAGAGGUUUCUGAGGAUGAAGAGCCGGAGAGCAGAGACAUGGCGGAGGCCGAGAAGGAGCUGGACAGCAGUCCUCUGGAGGUGCUGUCAGAGGCGUCUGUGGGCGGCCUGGGCGUGGCAGUGCUGAGCAGUGCUGCCACCUUCUGCUGUGGAGGUCAAGAGGCAGCAAGUAAAGUGGCCAUCAACCUGCUGCACUCUGAUGAAACGGAUAAAUCCUCUGUGAAGAGUCAGACUGCAGUUCCUCGAAGGUCAUCAGUAGGUAGUCUUGGGAGUCUGAUGUUUGUGCGGCUGCGGGUUCAGCCGUCUGCAGCAAAGAAAAAGGGCAUCGGAGGUCUGGGGACGGCUAAAACCUUACCCAGGAGGGACGCCUGGCUCGCCCUAUCACAGGAAAGCGCCGACGAGCUGUAUGCCUACUUAAAGCACUGCCGACCUGACCUGUGUAUACUGGAGGGAGGGGAGGAGGAGGACGGGGAGGCCGACCGUGACGAAGAGGAGUUUGUACUCAUUGAGGACAGGGAGGAGGAGGAGGAAGAAGAAGAUGAAGAGAUGUCCCAGAAGCACCGCAGCUCGGGGGAUGACUGGGAGAUGGUGCUGAUGGAAGAAAGCAGGGACAAGACGACCCUCAUCACUGACAGGGAUCCCGAAGGACUCAGUAAUAUUGUAGAGAGCAGCCACAUUUUGGAGGCUUCACAUGUCAGAGACCUGUGUAAGGAGCUUCCCCCCAGGACAGUCGGCUACACGUGGCAGCUGGCCUACAGUACGUCCCGUCACGGCGCCAGCCUCAAAUCCCUCUACAGGAAACUUGGUGCCACAGACUCUCCUGUGCUUAUUGUCAUCAAAGAUGCCCUUGAUGAGGUAUUCGGGGCCUUCCUCUCUCACGCCUUGAGGCCCAGUGAGACGUUCUACGGCACCGGAGAAACGUUUCUAUUCAUGCUGCAUCCUCGCUUCAAGUGUUUCAGAUGGACUGGAGAGAACUCCUUUUUCAUUAAAGGAGACUUGGACUGCUUUGCUAUCGGUGGAGGAAGUGGCCACUUUGGUCUGUGGGUGGAUGAGAACCUGUACCUGGGCCGCAGCAGCCCCUGCUACACUUUCAACAACUGCUGCCUCUCAGAAACCGACGAUUUCCGAGUCAUGGAGCUGGAGGUGUGGACGUUCAGCUGAGGAGACUGGAUAAUGUUUCUCUGCCUCGUCGUUGCUGAUUGGCUUUAAUCAAGACAGCAUUUAUCACUGAGCAAAAAACAUGCAGCUGCUCCUUCAUUACAUGGAAACCUCUAUAUAGAAAAACAAUCUGCCACAAACUGCUGGAUUUAUCCGUGCGAUUAAGUGCUGUGGGUUUGAGCAAACUGCAGUGAACUCAAAAAGGCUAAUCUUAAGCAGCUUGCUGUCCCAGUGUGGGUUCUGACGGUGGACUGUUUCAUGCUUGACUCAUUCCUGUGGGUUUGGCAGCCAAACUGAGUUCUGCUUAAGUGAGUAGAGCUGAACUGUUAUGAAACUGGAUUCUUUGAAUCCUCAUUUUUGAAUGGAGUCUCAGAGACUGCACUUUUCUCUUAAUGUGAAUUGGCAAAGUCGUGAAAUCUCAUCAUGUAAAGACAAUUUCACUCGUGUCUUUAUAGGUAAUGCAUGUCCUCGCUUUCAUGUAACUAUUCUGUUAAAGCCGGACGUUUGAAACACACAUAAGUCUUACUAUGAACAGAUUUCUAAACUGCACGUGUACGGCCAACCGUGUCACAGAUAAUCUCUUCCCUUUCUUUACCACUUAUUUCUAUGGGCUUUCAUCCGACGGUAUCACAGAAGGCAUAAAUUAAUACUGAACACUUGGAGUUCAUCUCUGUUCAUUUCAAGAGCUGACUCUUCCAUCACUGUGGUUACUGAAAAUGAAGGAAAGCUUGAGAUGGAAUUCCUGCAAUUUUGUCAUUCAGCUGUAUCUAUAACCUGCUUUCACUCUGGUAAACCUAUUUUGCUUACAUUGUACAGUACUGUAGAUUAGUUAAUAAAAAUCAGCACAAUGUGAAUAUAAA